UCACUACCAUCGGUCUAACAUUACCGGUAUGGAAUCGAACGGUGGAGAUUCGUCGGAAAUCGUCCGUGAAUUGAAAGAGCUAAAGCUACAGAAGGCAGAACUUGAGCACCGUAUCUCUUCUCUCGAAGCAAAGCUCCAUGAGACUGUGGCGCGUGAACGGUGUAUUGCCGUAUCUAACGGUUGCUCUCUUCCAACGGCUCCGGCAACGAGUGAACACGGGCUUGACCAUGGGCUAUCUCCUGAUCAGAUUUAUCGUUACAGUCGCCAAUUGUUACUCCCUUCCUUUGGUGUUGAAGUCAUCGGAGCUGGAGGGCUUGGUUCACCUGCUUUAUUGUAUCUCGCUGCUUGUGGUCGUGUUCCGGGUGUUAUUGGCUGUCUACAAGCGCUAGAGACAAUUAAACUCGCGAGCUUGGUGGGAGAACCUCUCUCUGAACGGAUGCUUCUUUUUGACGCUUUAUCAGCAAGGAUCCGCAUUGUCAAGAUCAGAGGCAGGUCAGCUCAGUGCACAGUGUGUGGAGACAAUUCGUCUUUCAAUAAGCAGCAGUUCAAAGAUUUUGAUUAUGAGGACUUCACUCAGUUUCCUUUGUCUGCGGGUCCGUUGAAUCUACUUCCCCCAGAGUCAAGAAUCAACAGCAAGGAGUUCAAAGAGAUCCUUGAAAAGAAGGAGCAACAUGUUCUUCUCGAUGUUCGACCUGCUCAUCAUUAUAAGAUAGUCUCUCUCCCUGAUUCACUCAACAUCCCUCUUGCAAAUUUAGAGGCUCGGUUAGAUGAGCUUACUUCAGCUCUGAAAGAAAAACAAGAGGCAAAUGCUAAUCCGAGCCUCUACGUGGUGUGCAGGCGAGGAAAUGAUUCACAGAGAGCUGUUCAGUAUCUUCGUGAUUGGGGUUUUGAUUCAGCCAAAGAUAUAACUGGAGGACUUGAAGCUUGGGCAGCAGAUGUCAACCCCAACUUCCCCACUUACUAGAAACAUGGACCACACUAGUUAUGUCAGUGCGACUCAAGAUAAAGUGAGAAUCAAUCAUGAGAAUCAA